AUGCGUCAACGAUAUGCAGCAAAUCAGCUGGUGGACGGCGGCUACCGUUCAGCAGAGCUCCCAGCGCCGCAGCAGCAGCCGACGUACCACCACCACCACCACCACCGACAAAAUGAAGUGCCUGGUGAGUGCCCCAGAGACGUCACUCAGUCGUAUCAUUUAGACCAAUGGACUAAACUCGAUAUAAAGCAAGACUCGCUCUCUGAGCAGGAAAUCGAAAUUUCCCAGAUCGUCCUGAGUGCUGUCGUGGCCGUGGCCCUGGCCAAGCCCGGCUACCUGGGAGCCGGCGUCGCCGCCCCCGCCGUCGCUGCCGUCCCCGGCAUCGCUGCUGCUGUCCAGCCCGCUCCGGUCUUCGUGGGCGGCAUCCACCCCGGCCUCGCCGCCUACGGUCCGGCCAACAUCGUCGUCGGACCUGGUGGCUACAACCUGAACACCCCUGACGUGGCCGCCGCCAGGGGCGCCCACCUGAAAACAGUAUCAGCGAUAAAACGGAUAUCAGCUGACCCUGAUGUCGACACUGAACGUCCACGCCCAGUGGGGACGCGGCAGAAGGACGGCUGCGGCACUUUCACGCGUCAGAGGCCGACGCACUGCAGCCCACCAGUAUAUAAGCUGGUCUUCUGCGGCUCUGAUGUACACUGCAGCAGUGCAGACAGCAGCAGACAGCAGCAGACGCCUACCACCGACACUAUGAAGUGCUUGAUCGUCCUGAGUGCUGUUGUGGCCAUGGCCCUGGCCAAGCCCGGCUACCUGGGAGCCGGCGUCGUCGCCCCCGCCGUCGCUGCCGCCCCCGGCAUCGCUGCUGCUGUCCAGCCUGCACCAGUACUUGUGGGUGGUAUCCACCCAGGCCUAGCAGCCUACGGUCCAGCCAACAUCGUCGUCGGGCCUGGUGGCUACAACCUGGACACUGCUGACGUGGCUGCAGCUAGGGCCGCCCACCUCACAGCCGUCGCCCAGACGAGGGUCCGCGACGCCGCCAUCACCGGCGCCGCCCUCGCCGUCGCCUACGGCGCCUACGCCGCGCCCGCGGUUGUCGCCGCUCCUGCAGUGGCUGCUGUGGCGCCGGCUGCCUACGCUGCCCCUUCGGCUGCGCUGUUGGCUGCCAAGGCUGCCUAUCACGGCUGA